AUGGCAUCGCCCCUGGCAGACACUCCGCAGACCAGUCCCCGCCGCUCCAACUUCAUUGAAUCCGCCUCCAAACCGGUCAUCGUGAUCGUCUCCCCGACACAACCACCCCCAUCCCCCGUCUCCGAAACUGAAUCUCUCCUAUCCUUAUCAUCCUCUGAGCAACCGUUGUACUCUUCUUCAUUUCGGCCCUCAACCUAUUCCUCCCUGCUAGCCAAGAUCGCUAGAGACGCGCAUCUCCUGACCAUCACGUCGCUGGAAACCCUCGAAGAAGCCCUGACCCAGCACGGUCCCAAGAUCGCCGGGUUCAUCAUUGCCUCGACCGCGAUUCUGCAUCCAGUUCACAAUGCACUCGCCAUGCGCCUUGCCGCUCUCGUGCACAACAAUGCCCAAACCGUCUCAUCCAACUCUGACGCUGACAGAAUCUACACCGUCCUCUUUGCCCUCUCCUUCCCCUCCGAGGCCAUCAACCGCCCUCUCCUCUUUGCUAUCUUCAUGAGGAACGUCUUCCAUCUCCCCUGGCGCCUCAGCGGAAAGACCAGCCAAAAGGUGAAGACGAAGUUGCGGGUCUCGGUGCUCCGGAAGCUCGGACAGAGGGUGUAUCGUGGGCGGUAUUGCAUGCGGAGCGUGUUCCUGCGCAAUGUGAAGCUGGCGGAUAAAGUUGUUGUUGCGACGGGGGAGUUUCCCAUCGGUGGGCAGCGGUUUAUGGGGCUGGAUGUUUCUCGCUGGCUAGGUGAUGGGGUGGAGCUGUUGGAGGAUGAGUAUGGGGCUCAGACGGAGAGUACAGACGAGGAGAAGGAGUUGGAGGACUGGCAGAGCGAGGAGAGUGAUGUGACAGCUGUUGGGGGGGAUUUCGGGGACGCGUACUCGUUUGGGGAGGCCGGCUCUGAUACCUACCAGGGUGACGGCACUGGUAAUGUUGCUGGUCCUGCUUCUAACCUUGUCGGUAACGGUGUUGGCGAUGAGACCAUGCAGGCCGACGAGGAUGUGGGAUUCCUGGGUGAUGUGGAGGAUAAUGAUGCCCAGGGUCUUGAUAUCCACCCUAUCGUCACCACCACUCUCGUGAUCAACAAUAACCACACCCAUACCCAACACGCCGACGACGCCCUCUCUGACAACAGCACCAUCAUCAGCCCAGCUUCCCUCCUCAACACCAGUCCAACCGCCGUAUCCACCCUGGCCACCACAACCGAAGCCUCAUCUUUCGAGGGAGAAGACAACGACGACGAAUUUGGCGGCCAAGUCUUCGAAGACGAAGAUGACGACGAGCUCACCUCCGCCAUCACACUCACCCCGACCACCAACCCAGCUUUCAACCUCACCCACGCCUUCAACCCCACCGCCAACGCGAACACCAACAUCCCCAUGUACAUCACCACCGACGAGGAGGACAUUUCCGCACCCCUGCAUCCAACCGGCUGGGUGCCGUCCGACGACGAAGGCACCAGCGUGGACGUCUGCUGCGCGGACAGCCCGAUCGUGAUCCAUGAGUUCAAGAGAACCGUUGCGCGCGAGGGCGUCGAGGAGCUGGUGCCGAGCGGGUAUGUCGGGUUCGUGGGCCAUGUGGAUGAUAGUCGGUCGAUGAGUACUUUGAUUUUGGGGAUGUGUGCGGUCCCGAAGUUUGUGGAGGGAAGUUAG